GAUCAGACUUGGAGACACAUUUCUGACAGAAAAAAUAAAGAUGGUCAACUGUUCCAGUAUCCAGGGGCAACCAAGUUUUCACCUGUGUCAGCGGUGCAUCAGAGCAGGAUGUGGAUGGAGACAGAACAGCUGCACCUGGGAAACUGAUGCAGUCAGCAACGACAUUUGUGCAAACAUUGAGCAGUUUGGGAGAAAUUUUUCUAAACCAGAGAUCUCCUCCAUCUCUCCCAGUGUCGUUUCUUUCUAUGGCAGAAAUCAGGCUGUGUUGUCGGGUCGGAACCUCAGAGAUGUGACCAGAGUCAGGAUUAAAGCAGACCUGGACUGUGACCCAAAGGAAUCCCCGGUGUGGAACAACAACGGCUCCAGUCUGACCUUCCAUAUUCCCAGCACAGAAGCUAAAGGUCUGGCCAAAGUCUGUGUUCUCCUUCCAGACGGGAGUUGCCACGGCAACUUCCCCGUCACCUAUCAGUCUUCACCAAUCUGCACUGAUAUUACACCAAGCAGCAGCUGGAGAAGUGGGGGCAGGAUGAUCACUAUUUCUGGGACUCACCUGGAUUUGGUGGAGGGGAUCACACACAGCCCCACCCAGCAGGAAGUCAUGUCUCCCAUGAGCAGCAGCUAUCAGACUCUCAUCUAUGAAACACCUGCAGCCAAGAACCCUCUGGUGUCCAGCAGCACCGUGUUUCUGAAAGUGGUCAAUGUAACGUUGGCAUGCUCUAAGGAAAUAACUUACUAUCCUGACCCAGAGUUCUCCAGCUUCACAGCCGUGAAGGAAAGGGAAGAUGUCCGCAUCACUAUUCAGAAAAAGGCAGAUAACCUGCAGAUGACAGAAGCAGAGCUGUCAGUUGUGGGAAUUCAGGAUGAAAUUGAACAUGCCUGCAUCAUAAAACCCGAAGAAAUCAGCAACAAGACAGAAACCUUUAUCUGUGAGAUCAAAGGACUGCAAAGCUCUGACAUUGAUAUGGUCAAGAUCAAUUAUGGAAAGGAAACAAUAAAUCUGCGGCAUUUGUCUUUAUUCCAUAAAGUCCUUUUGAUUCUGCGGCUCAUGCUAAUACCCUGCGUUGUUGCCGUUCAGGUGAUUAUUUGUAUGUGGAAACGACGGACUCACGGCUGAGACAAAACUCUGAUCGCUUGACAGUUUCUGGAAGGAGAACUCCAACAAAGAGGGAUGUUUUCUUCUUUUCCUGAGCAGCUUGGUGUUUGAAUGCUUUAUUCUCAAUGACAUU